AUGAAUUUAGUGAGACAGGUUUCAAAUAACAACUGUAUGACAGAGGAUGCAAACCUGUACUUACUAUCUGGUUUUGAGCCCAAUCUACACAACGGCGAGAAAUGUAUGAAAAUCAAUCCCAAGUGCGAUGUGGACAGUGACUGCUAUGAGUACCCCAACCACCGGUGCAUUCAUGGCAACUGCCGGUGCGAAGUCAACUACAAGCCCAACCCAAUCACCUCUGUUUGCGAGAUGUUUACGUGCGGUGCAGACAAAGAAUGCAAAAUGUUUUACGAUAUGGACCGCCGGUGCGAUGAAACUAGUGGUAAAUGUGUGUGCGAUAGGGACUGGCUGUACGAAAACCAGAAAAACGGUCGCAAAUGUGAACCUAGCUUCAGUAGAGACACAUCAAGUACAUAG